UGAGAUACUGUGUGUAUAUAUAUAUAUAUAUAUAUAUAUAUAUAUAAGUUGGUUAUUAUGGUUGGUGAUUAUGGUUACCCUAAUAAUAUGGUUACCCAUUCCUUAUUAACUCAGUUUGAUGAUUUGAUUCAUUAUCAAUUUGUCUUGCACCCCACCCACAAUUACAUAUUGGCUGCAUCCAAAAUUGCAUACUUUCCUACUAGUAGGUGAAAAACAGUAUGUGCCAAAAAAAAAAAAAAAGUGUCCAAAUUCACAGUACUCAUAAAAGAGUAGGCAAAAAAGUACCUGGAUGACCAACUACUUCCAUUGAGAUUCUGAAGUGUGCAUACGAUGGACACUUUACUAUCCUAUGAGGCCACGGGAGAGGAUUUGUGCAACGCAACUGACGCUGUUUCCAUAGAGCAGAUAAAAAACCUCCAUAACAGAUUUAAGUACCUGACUCAAGAUGAAGACACUUUAAGACGUGAACACCUUGAGGAUAUUAACAAUUUGGCCCUCAACCCAAUCCGAAGACAGAUCAUUGAGGCCUUCUUUGACACAAGGAACUUGGGUCAAAAGGAGAAGGGUUGCUUGCAGGAGAUCGGUUUUGAGGAAUUCGUUACCAUCCUGGCCUUUUUCAGACCACCCAAACCACACAUUGCUGAGGAGGAGAAAAAGAACAUAAAGAAAGAGAAACUACGCUUUCUGUUCAACAUGCACGACACUGACAAUGAUGGCAUCAUCACACUGGAUGAAUAUAGACGUGUGGUAGAGGAGCUGCUGUCUAGCUCUGAAACCAUAGGAGCAGAAACCGCCAAAGCCAUUUCAGAUGCUGCAAUGCUGGAAGUCGCCAGUGUCACAGUGGGUCAGAUGGGUCCUGAUGAAUUUUAUGAGGGAAUCACCUUUGAACAGUUCAUGCAGAUAUUAAAAGACAUCGAGAUCGAGACCAAGAUGAAUGUUCACUUUUGGAACUUGGACACCAGGACAAUACAAUGUGGGAAAUGAGAGUAAUUUCCGCUUCGGAGCAGCAAUUUUUCAGCACAGUCUUUAAAUUAGAUCUAAACAUCUAAAAAUUUGUCCCACGGAUUCAACCCUUAGUAUCGAGUUUACUUCGGUUUCUUCCUCUGAAAUAUCUUCAAUGCUCGAGAUAUGGUGGAAGUGACCGCGACAUGCUCUGGUGGAUACAUUUCAGGCCCUGUUUCCACCUGGUAUUGCUUUUUGGUUGAUUAAUACCAGGUGAAAGCAGGUCCUUAGAGUCCAGACCUCUGAGGAAAACUGAACAUACAGUAUUAUAUAUAUAUAUAUAUAUAUAUAUAUAUAUAUAUAUAUAUUUGGAAGAUAUAUGGAAGAACCACAUGAGACCCGGCUAUUUUUGUAGUUUCUCAACUCUACAACAGUUGACAUGCAUUCAAGCAUUUUGAUUCAUACUUUCAGAUACAAUGUAUACUGUGAUUUUAUUAGGAUUGUUGAGACCGCGGAACUGAUUUCCUUUCUGAGCAAAAUGCUUUUGUAAUGGAGGAAGUCUUUACAAAGUCAACAAUCUCUGUUUUCCUUAACAAAGUGCUGAAACACUCCACACCCUAAGUUAAUGAAUCCACAAAUCUUAUCGUUCACAUCAAAAACAACAGGGAGCCAUUGUUUUGUUGCCCUUAAUAUGUAAUCCAUCUGGCUUCCUUCCAUCACGGUUAUAUAUUAAUAAAUAUUACAGGGUGUGUAAAGUUUUUACAGCAGCAGAAUUUACUGUAGGAUAUUAGUAUAAUAUUUUUGUACAUUAUUGUCAUUUGAAAUCCUCACAAUUGUCACUAAAAUUGAAGAGAAUAAAAUAAUCAUAGUUUUAAAAGUUG